GAAAAGGCUAGUUCGUGAGGUAAAAGGUGAAAGGUCAUCCUCAUUUUUCUUCCAAUGAAAGCAGGAAUAACAUCCAACUGCAGCCGCGCCACUUUCGGUGGAGAGAGUGAGAGACAGGGAGAUCUAAAGAUAAAGAAAUAAAGGUACGCAAAUAAUCUAACCAUGAGCAAAAGGAAGUCAAAAGAUGACAGCUUGUCAAUUGGAGAGUGCAUUUCAUUGGUCCAGAAAAUAUUGCGUGAGAGAAUUUGUUGCCAGAAAAGUAAUGGAAAGCCAUUUGGAGUAGAAAUGCAACAAAAACAUUUGCUGGAAUUGCUGAAGAGGACAGUUGUUCAUGGAGAGAGUAACUCUGUCUUAAUUAUUGGACCCAGAGGCUUUGGGAAGACAAUGUUGUUAAAUUCUGUCUUGACUGAACUUCUAGGAAUGAAGCACAUCAAGGGGAAUGUGUUAAUAGUUCAAUUAAAUGGUUUGUUGCAGACUGAUGAUAGGAUUGCUCUUAAAGAAAUAACUAGACAAUUAAAUCUAGAGAAUGUUAUCGGAGAGAGAGUUUUUGGUAGUUUUGCAGAAAACCUUGCAUUCCUUCUCGAAGCAUUGAAAAAAGGUGAUCGCAAUAGUAGCCGUUCAGUGCUUUUUAUAUUAGAUGAAUUUGACCUUUUUGCACAUCACAAGAAUCAGACCCUUCUUUAUAAUCUGUUUGACAUUUCCCAGUCUGCUCAGACUCCAAUUGCAGUAGUUGGGCUCACAUGUCGUCUAGAUGUACUGGAGUUGCUGGAAAAGCGAGUAAAGUCCAGAUUUUCACACAGACAAAUUCAUUUACUAACCUCAUGUGACUUUAAGCAGUAUGUAAUAAUGUUUCAGCAACAGUUAUUGUUACCUGAAGAUUUUCCAGAUAAGAGUUUUGCUGAAGAAUGGAAUCAAAAUAUAAGGUUUUUAAGCAGAGAUGCAUCUGUCGAAGAAAUUCUGAAAAAGCAUUUUUUCUUAAGUAAAGACUUUCGUUCACUUCAUCUGUUGUUGAUGCGUGUCCUUUGCCGAGUGACUGUAUCCAAUAAAACAAUUAAGCCAGCAGACUUGAUAGAAGCUAGCCACCUCUGCACAAUGGAUUCCAAAGCAAAUAUUCUACAUGGUCUUUCUGUGUUGGAACUUUGUCUGAUUAUUGCCAUGAAACAUUUAAAUGAUGUUUAUGAUGGAGAACCUUUCAAUUUUCAGAUGGUCUAUAAUGAAUUUCAGAAAUUUGUCCAGAGAAAAGCACAUUCAGUGUAUAACUAUGAAAAACCUGUGGUUAUAAAGGCUUUUGAGCAUCUGCACCAGCUGGAACUGGUGAAGCCAAUGGAUGGACCUUCAGUACGAAUACAGAAAGAAUAUCAGCUUGUUAAACUGCUGCUAGACAACAGUCAGAUUAUGGAAGCCUUGCAGAGAUAUCCUCAGUGUCCAACCGAUGUCAAGCAGUGGGCUGCAUCUGCCUUUGCAUAGCACUCACUAUGUGUAUGUAUGAAGAACACACCACAGUGGUGCAUGUAUACAAGUUUAAUGAUAAUGUCAUCGCAUUAAAAAUAUUCAGAUAUA